ACUAAAUAAUGAUUUUUUCCUCAGAUUGUAUAAUGGAGACUAAGAUGUAAAUUAAUGAUGUUGGCUCCGUUCCAGAACGGCUAAGACACCUCCGUUCAAGAACGAUUAUUUCUUUGAUUGAGAACCGAAGAAGUAGGAAUUAGAACUAGCUGAAGAACAAUGCUUCCUCAUACAAGAAUGAAGGAGUAAGGAGGAAGGAUGAAGGGAGGGUUGGGACUAGAAACUUCUGCUAUCUCUGGUAUACCAAUAACGCCAGACGAAGAAUGUUUGCGGGAAAGAAAAUGGUGGUGCUUCCUACUAUCAUCAAUAUUUACCUUUCUCAUGGGUAUACUCUCUGUACUGCUGCAGAGGGGGAUUGCACAUUUAUUUUGUAGAAAGUAUUCUGGUUUACAGGUUGAAGAUGAGUAUAGUCAAGCAGAGAUUAGAAGACAGCAGGAAGAGGCGAAGAAAUUACGACUUCAGGGACAGAACCCGGACGGGCAAACUGAUGGAGAUUUUAUGUCUGAAGCUAAGGACUGGGCUGGAGAACUUAUUUCCGGACAAACUGGUACCGGCAGAAUACUGGUUUGUUUGGUUUUCAUUCUCUCCAUUUCUUCUCUAGUGAUCUACUUCAUUGAUGCCUCCAGUGAGGGUGUUGAACAAUGUAUACCUUGGGCUAAGAAUACUACACAGCAAAUAGAUCUAGCCUUUAAUAUAUUCUUCAUGGUCUACUUUUUCAUUAGGUUUAUUGCUGCGUCAGAUAAACUAUGGUUUAUGCUUGAGUUAUACAGUUUUGUUGACUACUUCACCAUCCCACCGUCCUUCGUAUCCAUCUACCUGGACCGUACAUGGAUUGGUCUACGGUUUCUUAGAGCUUUACGACUGAUGACAGUGCCUGAUAUUCUUCAAUAUUUAAAUAUUCUCAAAACUUCAACUUCCAUCAGAUUGGCCCAACUAAUCUCUAUAUUUAUAUCUGUCUGGCUAACUGCAGCAGGCAUAAUACAUCUGUUGGAAAACUCUGGGGACCCUCCAUACUUUGAGAAUGCCCAGAAGCUCUCAUACUGGAACUGUGUAUACUUUCUGAUGGUGACAAUGUCAACCGUUGGAUACGGUGAUAUUGCCUGCCAAACAGCACUGGGGCGGGGCUUUCAAGUCCUCUUCCUUCUUGUUGGAUUGGCUAUGUUUGCCUCCUGUAUACCUGAAAUAAUUGAUUUAAUUGGGACUAGACCAAAGUAUGGUGGCUCUUACAAAAAUGAGCGCGGGAGAAGGCAUAUAGUGGUAUGUGGUCACAUCACAUAUGAGUCAGUUUCUCAUUUUUUGAAAGAUUUUCUUCAUGAAGACAGAGAAGAUGUGGAUGUAGAAGUCGUCUUUCUCCACAGAAAACCUCCAGACCUUGAGCUUGAGGGAUUCUUUAAGAGACAUUUCACAACUGUGAAGUUUUUCCAAGGUUCAAUCAUGAAUCCUAUAGACCUUGGCCGGGUUAAGGUACAUGAAGCAGAUGCUUGCCUUGUACUAGCCAACAAAUAUUGCCAGGAUCCUGAUGCUGAAGAUGCAGCAAAUAUUAUGCGUGUAAUCUCCAUUAAGAACUACAGUGAUGAUAUCAGGGUUAUUAUUCAACUCAUGCAGUAUCAUAACAAGGCAUAUUUGUUAAAUAUACCCUCCUGGGACUGGAAACAAGGAGAUGACGUCAUCUGUCUGGCAGAACUUAAACUUGGCUUCAUUGCACAAUCAUGUCUGGCUCCUGGAUUCUCAACAAUGAUGGCAAACCUGUUUGCCAUGAGAUCGUUUAAGACGAGCCCUGAUAUGGCGGCCUGGCAGAACGAUUAUCUUCAAGGGACUGGGUGUGAGAUGUACACAGAGACCCUUUCUCCAACAUUCACAGGGAUGUCCUUCUCCCAAGCAUCUGAGUUAUGUUUUGUGAAGCUUAAGCUUCUCCUACUAGCUAUAGAAGUUAAACCUGAUGAUGGAGGAGAUUCUAAGAUCUCCAUAAACCCUCGAGGAGCCAAAAUACCAGCAAAUACAGUUGGUUUCUUCAUCGCACAAUCAGCUGAGGAGGUUAAACGAGCCUGGUUCUACUGUAAAGCUUGCCAUGAAGAUGUCAAGGAAGAAAAUCAAAUAAAAAAAUGCAAAUGCAAGAAUUUUGUUGGUGGUUUGAUGAUACAUUCUGUAUUAAAGAGCCAAGAAAUAUCACAUCAUAUUGCUGAGAAAGGGAAAUAUAACGGGGUGGCUACAGCUAAGCCUGGAGCACCUCCGCCACAGUCCGCCCUGGCCAGCACCAACAAACCAGCAAAUGCUUUGAAGAAGAACGUGUCCGUGAAGGAGGACGGAAAAUCAUUAAUGAACGGAAGAUUAGUUGGAGGGGUGUCUGGCCCCCAGGUUCUUGAUGAUACAUCCUACGGGGGCUAUCAUCUCUCCUAUGAAGUGAAAAAACUUAUGCCGACAAAUAAAGCGGCAGUGCAGCAAAACAGUGCUAAAAUGGAAGUCGGGAUAGCAGACGACCAGGCGAAGGAUUUUGAUUUUGAGAAGACAGAGAUGAAGUACGAUAGUACAGGGAUGUUUCAUUGGACCCCUGCAAGGGCUAUAGAGGAUUGUAUACUGGUGAGAUAAUAUUUAUAUAGAGGAUUGUAUACUGGUGAGAUAAUAUUUAUACAGAGGAUUGUAUACUGCACAGGCAACGCCGGGGACUCCAGCUAUAGUAAUAUAUAAUUAUCUUGAUUGAAUUGUAUUUGCAGGGCCUCAAACUUCCAUUACCAUGAGCUGAAGCAUGUUGUGAUAGUUGGUUCUGUUGAUUAUAUCAGGAGGGAGUGGAAAACCCUCCAGAAUCUACCAAAAAUAUCUGUUCUAAAUGGUUCUCCGUUGAGUAGAGCUGACCUGCGCGCUGUGAACGUAAAUCUGUGUGACAUGUGUGUCAUCCUCUCUGCUAAGGUUCCCUCCAAUGAUGAUCCUACCCUAGCAGACAAGGAAGCUAUUCUUGCUUCGCUAAACAUUAAAGCGAUGACGUUUGAUGAUACUAUCGGAGUCCUCAGUCAAAAUUGUGGAGCUGCUGACUCCUUAUCUCCUCUCGGCUCCCCAAUAGUGCUCCAAAGAAAGGGAUCUGUUUAUGGAGCAAAUGUCCCGAUGAUAACUGAACUUGUCAACGAUAGCAAUGUACAAUUUCUUGAUCAGGAUGACGAUGAUGAUCCAGAUACUGAACUGUACCUCACCCAACCUUUUGCCUGCGGUACUGCAUUCGCUGUCAGUGUACUCGACUCUCUCAUGUCAACGACUUACUUUAACCAGAAUGCUCUCACAUUGAUAAGAUCUCUGAUAACUGGAGGAGCAACACCAGAACUAGAACUGAUACUUGCUGAAGGAGCAGGCUUGAGAGGUGGAUAUUCUACGCCAGAAACUCUCUCCAAUAGGGAUAGAUGCAGGGUUGGUCAGAUCUCGUUGUUUGAAGGACCCCUGGCAUCAUUUGGUGAGGGAGGGAAAUAUAUAGAUCUGUUUGUUGCAGCUCUUAGAAACUAUGGAAUGCUUUGCAUCGGACUUUACAGGUUUAGAGACACUGCAAAUGCAUUCGAUGCUUCUUCUAAACGUUACGUGAUCACAAACCCUCCGACAGAUUUUAAUCUACUUCCCUCUGAUCAGGUGUUUGUUUUGAUGCAGUUUGAUCCAGGGAUGGAAUAUAGACCGGACUGGGGGGACGGUAAGAUGGGCGAUAGAAAGGGUCGAGGGUAUCCUGUAGGUGGACCUGGACACCCUGUAGGUGGUCCUGGACAUCCUGUUGGUGGUCCUGGACAUCCUAUUGGUGGUCCUGGACACCCUGUUGGUGGUCCUGGACAUCCUGUGGGUGGAGCCGGACACCCUGCUGGCGGGGCUGGUGUUGGUUCUGUUCAUCCACCUGGGGGAGGGAAAAAAUCCGAUUCAUCCUGACUAUUGCUCUGUAGUGCACUCACAGACGGUCCAUACUCAUAUAUUUAAUCCUUUAUUAGAUAUGCUUAACUGUCAUAGCUGUCUAGAUAUCCAGCUAUCCAGCUAUCUAGCUGUCUAGCUGUCCAUCUGUUAAUUCUUAAACAUUUAAAUCUGUAUACUAGAUGGAUAUGUUAUGCUAGAAUUUCUACUCUAUAACAGCCAGGAAUAUAAUAUUUAAAUUUGAUCCUGGUUUUACAAUUUUUCAUUCCUGCUCUCGGGGUUCAUCGGAGCAGUUUUACAGUUAGCUGGAGAUAUCCAGAUUUCCUGAGUGUGCCUUGUCUUAUCAUGAGUAGAGAAGUUGGGGCCGUCACAUAGUAAUAGUGAGCUGCAUUACUUUUAUGUACACGAUAAACUUUGCGGAUUAUUUUCAUGUAAUUUAUGUACAUUUUACAGAACUCACAGUUCUCUGCAGAUAUUUCGCACAAUUUCAAUUUAGAAUAUGUAAACCGGCCUGUAUACACUGUACAGUUUUCAAGCCCCUCCCCACCUGUACACUGCACAGUAUGUACUCCCACAUAUAGAUGUACACUGUACAUCUCCAACUUUUGCAGUGUACACAGCCCAAAUCUGUACAGUCUGCCAGCUUUCCUCAAAUUGUACAGUGUUUACUCCACCCCUCCUGUACCAACUGUACAGUGUAUAGUGUACACUUUUUCAAUGAUUAUGUAUACCGUACAAGGACCAAAAAAGGUUGCAUAACAUUGUUUUCACAAUUUAUUUUUAAAUUAUCAGUAACGCCUCAAUAUAAAAUUUGCAGUUAAACUUAUUGAAAAUAUUUCAGCUUAUUCAUAGAUAUAAAUAGAUUACUGGCCAGGUUUUCUUCAAAUGCUUUAUUAGAGAUAUCUUGUAAUUUCUCUUUGUUUAUUCUUUUUAUUGUUUUAUUGAGUUUUUUUCUUUCUUGAAUAUGAGACUAUUGUUAUACCUUUAUAAUAAAGGGUUUAGGGGAGUCGAGGGGGGCAAAUUUAAGUCCUUAAACAUAUUUAUACAGUGAGGAACUAAUGUUAGAUGAAAAACAAGGAACUCGGACCAAAUUUCUUUGUUUGAUUCUGCAAAAGUUUUCAUUGAUUUUUUCCUUUUUUUCAAAUUUUCCUUCCUUCUUCCCUUCCCCCCCCCCCUUUGCGCCUUUCUUCCUUCUCAAUCAAUCACAAAUUCUUUCUUGUUCUUACUUCUCCUUCAUUAUAUCUCCUUCCCACUCUUUCCUUCACUUUUUCUCCCUCCUUCAUUUCUCCUUCCUUCAUUUUUCCUUUUCUUUGUUUUCUCCUUCUUUCAUUUUUCCUUUUCUCGUUUUCUCCUGUGUAUGGUAUGAAUGUAUACAAGAUGAUCAUCGUAUAAAUGCACAACAAACUAAUGAAUAAUUAUCAUUUAGAUUUUUAUUCCUUGGCUUGUUUAUCAAAUAUUUGCUUUACCGAACCUGUGACUUUUGCUUUUUUUAUCCGUGUUUUCCAUCAUAAAAAUAUGAAUAUAUAUAUAUUAUAU